AUGGCCAUGUCCAAGCCGCAGCAGGGCGACCCCGCCGGCUUCCUCGACCUCGUCGGCCCGGACCUCUCCGCCUGCGUCUUCGCCCGCCUCCAAGACCCCGCCGACCUCGCCCGCGCCGCCACCGUCUCCCGCCCCUGGCGCAGAUUCGUCGAGGGGAACGGCUUCCUCAAGAAGGUGUGCGUCCGCAAGUUCCCGGAGCUGGCCGUCCUCACGGCCGCGGUGGAGGUGCGCAGAUCGCCCGACCCCGCCCCCGCCCCCGGGCCCAUCGGCGGCGGCGGCGGCGCCGAGGCCAACGAGCACAGGAUCUACUCCCACCUCUACGGCGCGCUCGUCGCCGCCAGCCCCCCCGUCGACUGCAUCCUGCACUGCGUCGGCGCCUCCAGCACCGACAACUUCCCCGACGAGACCAUCGACAACACCCUCGAGCCGCAGGACCGCGUCAACAACCGCUUCUCCUACUGGUCCAGCGCCGGACAGGACGACCCCGACGUCCCCGAGACGCUCACCUACAGGCUCGUCUCCGACAUCUGCGUCGUCGAUGAGAUCAGGAUACAGCCCUUCAAAGCUUUCUUUCAGAUUGGGCAUCCUAUAUACUCUUCAAAGAUGGUGCGGUUCCGGAUGGGCCAUUGCAAACUUCCUCGUCCAUCAGAGUCAUUUAUCACAGAUGAUGAUGAUAACCAAGCAGUAAUUGCUGAUGAAAACUACAUCUGGACUUACACCUCGCCUGAGUUCUUUAUGUUACAGGAAAAUAAACUGCAGACGUUUAAACUCCCGCACCCAGCCCUGUGCAUUGGUGGUGUAGUAAAGAUUGAGCUGCUGGGAAGAGUGCAGAAACAAGCAACAGAUGAUAGGUAUUACAUAUGCGUCUGCCAUGCUCAAGUGGUCGGGCGUUCGCUCUCACCAGUGUUCAUGGUCGACAUCAACGACUCGGCUGGCUACUCCAUCCUCAAGCACCUGCCAGAGGCCAAGAACCUCAGCGUGGAGGAAGUGAUGCAGGACAGCGCUAGUGACUCGCAGGAGUGGAAGGACGCUCUGGCCAGCUACAGGGAGACGGGGCAUCUGGCCACCGCCCUCAUGAACGUGCUCCACGAGGGGGCCGCGCACCCCGCGCAGGACGCGCAAGGAGAUGCGCCGCACUUCCCGCAUGGAGCGGCGCUGCUGCAAGAAAUCCAAGCAAUGCAGGGAGAUGCGAACCUCAUGCAGCAGCUGCAGGUGGAUGCGCAGCUCCUGUAUUUACUGCAGGACGGUGUGCUGCAACUGCAGGAUGAUGUGCUGCAAGAUGAAGAUGGUCUACAGGCCAUGGACGAAGAUGAUGAUGCGGACGGCGGCGGCGUGUCGGACAACGACCCCUUCGCCUAG